AUGAGUUCUGAUGAAGAUGCAAAAGUUGAAGUCUCGGGGAUUCUAGCGAACUUGUGCAUCAUCUGCAAGGCGUUUCUGGAUUUUCCGCGCGAAUUCACAGCGACAACAUGUGUGUUUUUUCAUUCUCAAAAAUGCCUCGAUCUGGACCGAGAUGUUCCAGUUAUUGAGGUUAUGAUCGAAUUUUUGGCCCGUACACAGCUGGAAUUUGUGUUUCCUCUGGCCACGAUAGUUUUGUUUCUUAUCACUCAACUUUUUAUUUCUUUGGGACCGGGAUUGGCAUUUUGGAUUCAAAAUCCCGUUCCUGGGAUUACAAAAUAUGUCUAUUUGACUUCGUUCGUUCACUUCCUUUCAAGUUUUCUGGCGUCCAUCACAAUGCUUACACAUUUGGAAAAUGCUCAGCAAACUGAAAUCUGGACCGAAUAUCUUACUGUAUCUGGAUUGUGCCUUUUUUGGCUAUUCCAACUUUUCAACAUGACUGUUUUCACUCGUCUCACAUCGAUGAACUUUAUUCGUGCUAGAGAGAACUUCAAUAGAAGAAUUGGUGUUGAGGCUUAG